UAAAAUGACAGUUUAUAAUUCAAAACACUGUGAAAUCAAAGCAAUUUUAACUCAUAAAACAAUAGUAGCAUUACAAAACUUAAUGACCAUAAAAUCAACAUACAUCAAUUAUAAAAUGAUUGAAAAUGAUGAGCAUAAAAUCAACAGCAAUGACAUUGUCUAUGUCAAAGCCUUCAUCUAAAAACACUGAAACUCUUGGAACCCUUACUGCUUACUGAUCCAUCACCUAUUCCAAAACGCUGGUGCAAGGUAUUAUCUUUUAAACAGCAAGAGUUCCACCGAGUCACACACGGAACAACUGUGUCAAGUUUUAUGUCAGUUGUAUGUGGACUCCACUGCAUCAGCACUAAGAGUAGAGUGAUGGACUUUGUUCCAUAUUGCUGCACAUUUUGCAGUUGAACUAUUGUGAACCAUGUGGGCAGGACCCUAAGUUGGCAUCCACUAGAUCCUUUGAAGCAAUCAAGAUCAGAGUGUGAGCUGCACACCAUUGGUGAGGUAGUAAAAAAAUGAUACUUAAAACAAACAAAUUAUGUAUCUAGUUUGUUUUAAGUGCAUAAAUCAAUAGAAACAUUACAUGAAAAAUCAGUAAUGAACCUGAAAUCAACAACAAUGACAUUGCUAGGUCACAGCUAACAGCUCAAAAUUCUUAAACACUUACUUUCAACCUUUACUUAUUAACAGUCCAUCACCUAUUCCUUAGCUGUGGAGCAGCAGUGGGAGAGAGAGAGGAGAGAGAGAGAGAGAGAGAGAAAAAACACUUACUCGCCUGUUCUCCGAUACGCCAUAGCUUGGUUCUCGGACACUCCUCCACCCUCUAAUGGAUGACAACCAUGCCUCCCCGGACAGAUUGGAGGCAGACCUCCAGCCCCUGGUGGACGGAACACCCCGCCAAGUUUUUGGUGGACGUUCCUCUUCUGGCGAUGUGUUGAUGGCCCAGCCUCCUGAACGCAAGAUGAGUUUUGAAGGGGCAGAGGGUAGACCAGUCCCACCCACCUCCCUGCCACUGCAGGGCCAAGAGGGCGGUGGCUCUCAGAGGAAGAAGCUAUCUGCUCCUCAUAUUAGCCUAUCAUUGGACCAAAGUGAGGAUGACUUGUUUGACACACCAGAUGACCUCGACAUUAAUGUGGAUGAUCUGGACACACCUGAUGAGGCCGAUUACACUGACCAUGAAAUAGACUGGGAAGAGCCUAAAGCAUCUGAGAGGGAUACUGUCAAAGAAACAUUCCCACAUGCAGAGCCCAUUCCCAUAUACACCGCUGAAGAAGAGCGGCAGGAUGCCAAACUCUGGAGAACCGUCAUCAUUGGAGAGCAGGAACAUCGUAUCAACAUGAAGUGCAUUGAACCUUACCAAAAAGUCAUCUCCCAUGGAGGCUACUAUGGCAAUGGUACCAAUGCCAUCAUUGUGUUUGCUGCAUGUUUCCUGCCUGACAGUGACAGAGAGGACUAUCAUGACAUUAUGGAAAAUCUUUUUCUGUUUGUCAUCAGUACACUGGAGCUCAUGGUAGCAGAGGAUUACAUGAUCGUCUAUCUGAAUGGAGCCACUCCGCACCGCAGAAUGCCUGGCCUCAACUGGCUCAAAAGAUGCUACCAGAUGAUUGACAGAAGGCUAAAAAAGAACUUGAAAUCUUUCAUCAUUGUUCAUCCUUCAUGGUUUAUCAGGACAAUUCUAACCAUCACUAAACCAUUUAUCAGCUCAAAGUUCAGCAGUAAGAUCAAGUACGUGAACAGCUUAGCAGAACUAGAGGAACUCAUACCAAUGGAGUACGUCCACAUACCUGAAUGCAUCAUCAGAUUGAACGGAUAGUGAAGGAAAACAGCCAACAAGUGUCCAGUAUGCAUGGGAACACCUUCAACUAAAGGCUUAUGAUUACUGUAAAUGUUUGCAAUUAGUUUUGUAGACAAAAAUAAAUUGUGCCCUCUGUAUGAUUUUGUUUUUAUUUUUUAAAUGGGUGAGAAUACGUUUAAUAACCAUUUCAAAUAAUAUAGAUUGAAUGCUCAGAGUUUGCAGAGAUGAAAUCUAGACAAAGUGUUGGAGCUAUAAUCUAGUUUUCAUUUGUUAAACAUUUUUGGUAACUUUAUAAUUCCCAUACUUACUAAACUAAAAUUUGAGACAUUUCAAGGUUUUGAUCACUUUUAACCUAAAAUUUGGAAAAUGCAGUAAUAAGUCAAAAAUCUUGACUGGUAGAGUAUAACUGACAUACAUAUGAAUGUGUAGCUUUGCAUCUUUGCCAUUAGAAUAUACAGUUUGAGAGUAAACUGGGGAACCCUAAAGGGACUUACUGUAUAAUUUGUGCAUACAAAGAGAGUGAGAGAAGGUACCUGACAGCUUUAGCUGAUGAAGAGGUGUUGACUGUGUUUGUGAGAAUCUGUGUAGAAGUUGUAACUGUAUAAUUUCAAACCUGUGAAUUCUUGUUUCAAUGGGAACAGGCAUUUCAAAAGCUGGGCACCAUUAUAUACUCUAUGUGCAGAUGUAGACAUGUACUUUAGCAGAGAUUUCCAACUAUUUUUGUCUGUUCAACCCUGAACCAUAUAUGAUGUUUAAUUUUUGACACCACUUCCCACUUCUUACUUCCCUCCAGGCUUUUAUGUAUUGGUAUAUCUCACACUGUUCUUUCCUGGUUUGAAUCAUAUCAGUAUGGCAAAAGUAUCUUAUAUCUAUAGGUCAACAUAAAUCCCCAUGUGCCCCCAUUUCUCAAGGUGUCCCCCAAGGUUCUGUCCUUGGUCCUCUUCUUUUCAUCAUCUGUCUGCUCCUUCUUGGUCAUAUUACUCAUUGUCAUAGUCUUCACUAUCACGGAUGAAACACCGAUUUAUCUAAGCAUGUAUUAGAAGUAUGUAUCAUUGACAUUAAGUGAAUUAACUAAAAUUGUCUCAAAUAAACCCUACUAAGAUAGAAAUAAUGCUUACUGGACCUCAAACUGUAAUUUCCAACUAUUCCAGUUUCUCAAUCGAUGUUGACGGAGAUAAGACUGUCCGUAACCUAUGCAUUACAUUCGACCCCUUCCUCAACUUCGAAGCCCACAUCAGCUCCAUUACUUGAACUGCUUACUGCCAUCUACGUAACAUAGGUCAUCUUACCAUAUCCUUAAUCAGCAAGAUGCUGAAACUCUAGUGCAGGCCUUCAUCACCCCAUGCCUUGAUUAUCGCAAUGCCCUUCUCAAUAGGCUUUCUUUUAAAACUAUUUCCAGACUUCAUUACAUUCAAAACUCAGCAGCGAGAGUCCUUACCCAUGUGUCACGAACGUUUGAAUCCCUUCAUGACAUUUCGAGCUGCUUCUUCCUUACACCCCACUCUCAGGUCUUCUGAUUCAAGCCUACCCACUGUAUCUUGUUUCCAGCUUUCUACCAUGGGAGGUAGAUCUUUUGCUGUCACGACUCCCAAACUUUGAAAUUUACUCCCAAAGACCCUCUGUGACAUCACCUCUAUCACUAACCACAAAACUCUGGUCAAACCCCACUUAUUCUCACAGUACUACUCUUCUGAAUGUUAAUUUUGUUUUACUGUUGUCUCUGCAUUGAUACUAAUCAUUAAUUUUGUAUUGCUGAUUGUUUACCUUUUCUCAAUGUGCUCAUUUACUUUACUUUUCUUUUUUUCAUGUCACUGUUUCUUUUGUAUACAGAAUGUCUUUUUUACCCUUAUGUUUUAUUUCUGUCUUAAUUUUGUAUUGUAAAGUGUCCUUAACCCUCAUAUUGUCUUAAGAAACUGCACCAUCAUUCACGUCAUUUUCAACCUGUAUUGAAAACCAUUCAAAAUGCAUAAAUUGUUGAUAAGUGCACAACAGCACUAAAGACCCACCCUGAAGACACCCUUAACAAAAAUCUUUUUACUAUGGGCCCAUAGUCUAUAAUAAUAGAGAGAAAUUAUAAUAUAUUGAAUAUGGAUUAUGGAGUAAAAUAACUGUUAAAUACAUUUUGAAAAAAUAAAAAAAAAAUGGUUUUGCUUGUAGAACCAAAUUGGCCCGGUUGCUAGGGAGGGUAGAGUCACAUGGUGUAACCUCCUCGUGUUCAGUAUAAUGUGGUUGUUCUCAGUGGGGCGCAUGGUGAGUUGAGUGUGGAUGCCGCGGUGGAUGGCGCGAAGCCUCCACACGUGCUAUGUCUCCACGGCAACUCGCUCAACAAGCCAUGUGAUAAGAUGUGUGGGUUGACGGUCUCAGACGCGGAGGCAGCUGGGAUUCGUCUUCCACCACCCGGAUUGAGGCGAAUCACUUUGCGACCACGAGGACGUAAAAGCACAUUGGGAAUUGGGUAUUCCAAGUUGAGAGAACAUUUUUUUUUAUGUUAGUAAACUUAAUUACUUGCAUAUUACUUGCAACAUAAACUGUAAAAACAAAAAAACUGUGUGUUUGUGUGAGCAUGUGCAUGUGUGCACAAACCUCGUUUGAGAAGAAAGUAUGCAAUUUGUGGUAAAGAUGCGGUACCCAUUGGAGCAGGUGGGGAAGCUAGAGAACAGCAUGGGGCUAGAGGCUAAAUUUGAAAAGGUUUUAAAUCUUUUUUAGAUAAAAUUUGAUUAAUAGAUGUAUAAAAAGCUAUUUAAAGCGGUAUAACAUCCAGAAAGUCAGAAGGUGAAAGGUCACAACUGGUUCUUCCCAUGUGUCAAAAUUGACCCGUUAAGAAAAUGGAAGGAAAAAUAGUUUGAAAUUGUUAUUUCUCUUAAACAAUUAUAUACAAAAUGUAUUUUAUUUUGUUUGCUUUUAUAGUCUUGACAAAUUAACAAGAUGCGAUAUUUAUAACGUCAAAAAUGUCAAAUUGUUUGGGUCAAAAAUGACCCAAAGACAAUAGGAGGGUUAAGCUUUUGAA